UUUCCCUUGUGUUAUAUAUAUAUAUAUUCUUCAGCAAUCUACAUCGAUGAGAUGUUGACAAAGGGAACGUGUUGUACAAGGGGCAAUUUUUGCAAAACCUUUUUCUCUCUCGCAACCUCACCUCUUCCUCCUUCAAUCUCUUUCGGAAUUUCCCAAAAUCCUUAGUGGGAGGAAGGGAUGGUUCUGACUCAGAAGCUUCACGAAGCCUUCAAAGGCACCGUCGAGAGGAUUACUGGCCCCCGAACCGUUUCCGCCUUCAAAGAAAAAGGAGUUCUCAGUGUCUCUGAGUUCGUCACCGCUGGCGAUAAUCUCGUUGCCAAAUGCCCCACCUGGUCCUGGGAAUCGGGUGAUCCAGGCAAGAGGAAGCCAUACUUGCCGCCUGAGAAACAGUUCUUGAUUACUAGAAAUGUGCCUUGUCUUCGGAGAGCUGCAUCUGUUGAAGAGGAAUAUGAAGCUGCUGGAGGGGAAGUUCUACUCGAUGAUGAAGAUAAUGAUGGCUGGCUAGCAACUCAUGGGAAACCCAAAGAAACCAAAUCUGAUGAGGAUGAAAAUUUACCUUCCAUGGAAAGCCUAGAAAUCAGCAAAAAGGGUUCUAUUAAGCAAAUUCAUUCCUACAUGGGAGCUGAAGAGGGAGAAGAUAUUCCAGAUAUGGCAGAGUUUGACGAUACUUCCAAUGUUGAAAAUGAUCCUGCCACUCUUCAGUCCACAUAUUUAGUUGCUCAUGAACCUGAUGACGAUAAUAUUCUUCGAACUCGGACUUACGAUGUCAGCAUCACGUAUGAUAAAUAUUAUCAAACACCACGAGUAUGGCUUACUGGGUAUGACGAGUCAAGGAUGCUUUUGCAACCAGAACUUGUUCUUGAAGAUGUUAGUCAAGACCAUGCACGCAAAACGGUAACAAUUGAGGACCAUCCUCACUUGCCAGGGAAGCAUGCAUCUAUUCAUCCAUGUCGACAUGGAGCAGUGAUGAAGAAAAUCAUUGAUGUGUUGAUGUCACGCGGAGUUGAGCCUGAAGUUGACAAGUACCUAUUUUUAUUCCUAAAAUUUAUGGCUUCUGUAAUUCCAACAAUUGAGUAUGAUUACACGAUGGACUUUGAUCUUGGUAGCUCCAGCAAUUGACUAAGAUGGUAGCUGCAUGUUCAAGUAUAACACGGGCAUAUUGUCCAUUGUUGCUUUUCAUUGAUCCAAAGCACCAAUACUUUUCUGUUACUUUUCUACGUAUAAUCGUUGAUUGUCACACAGUUGGUGUACAUGUCAUGUAAAUUAUGACCGUGUGAGUCAUGACUAUUGCUAUCAGGAUGUUGAACAAGUUUCCUUUCAGAUGUGUACAUAAUUGACAUACCCAUUCGUAAGACGACUAUCCAACGUUAUAGUUGUCCCUAUAAUACUAUAAAUUAGACAUGGUUGACUUCUUGUUCUUGUCAAUUGUUAAA